CCCAGGUCCCUGCUUCUCUUAGCCAUGGCUCCAAAGCGCAAGCCCCAGGUGCAGCGUGAGGGUCCUGAGAAGAAGAAGGGGCAUCAGGGGGCAGAAGAGGAGGACAGUUUCCGCUCCACUGCCGAGGCCCUCAGGGCCACACCCACAGAGAAGCGCAUAGCCUAAAUGGACCCCCUGUGCCCACUCAGCUGCAACCCUGGGACCCAGGUGCGUGAAGACUAUGACUGUACCCUGAACCAGACCAACAUUGGGAGCAACAACAAGUUCUACAUCAUCCAGCUGCUGGAAGAAGGUGACUGCUUUAUCUGCUGGAACCGCUGGGGGCACGUGGUGAAGGUGGGCCAGUCAAAACUCAGCCACUUCAUGUCACUGGAGGAUGCACAGAAGGACUUUGAAAAGAAAUUUCGGGACAAGACCAAGAACAGCUGGGCAGAGCAGGACCACUCUGUGGCCCACCCCAGCAAGUAUACACUUAUCGAAGUACAGAGAGAGGAUGAGGCCCAGGAAGCCAUGGUGAAGGUAGACAGAGGCCCAGUGAGGACCGUGGUUCAGCAAGUGCAGCCCUGCUCCCUGGACGCAGCCACACAGAAGCUCAUCACCAACAUCUUCAGCAAGGACGUGUUCAAGAAUGCCAUGGCUAUCAUGAACUUGGAUGUGAAGAAGAUGCCACUGGGGAAGUUGAGCAAGUAGCAGAUUUCCUGGGGUUUGGAGGCCUUGGAGGCAGUGGAGGCGGCCCUGAAAGCCCCCGCAGAUCGUGGCCUCAGCCUGGAGGAGCUAUCCUCCCACUUCUACACCAUCAUUCCCCACAACUUUGGCCAUAGCCAGCCCCCAUCCAUCAACUCCCCGGAGCUUCUGCAGGCCAAGGACAUGCUGCUGGUGCUGGCAGACAUCGAGCUGGCCCAGACCCUGCAGGCAGCCCCCGAGGAGACAGAGAAAGUGGAGGAGGUGCCACACCCACUGGACCGAGAUUACCAGCUCCUCAAGUGCCAGCUCCAGCUGCUGGACCCAAAGGCGCCUGAGUACAAAGUGAUACAUACCUACUUGGAAAAGACUGGCAGCAAGUACAGUUGCCCUGCUCUUCAACAUAGUUGGACAGUGAACCGAGAAGAGGAGGGAGAUCAGUUCCAGCCCCACGACAAGCUGGGUAAUCGGAAGCUACUGUGGCACGGCACCAACAUGGCUGUGGUGGCCGCCAUCCUCACCAGUGGGCUCCGCAUCAUGCCACAUUCUGGUGGCCGUGUUGGCAAAGGCAUCUACUUUGCCUCGGAGAACAGCAAGUCAGCUGGCUAUGUUACUGGCAUGUCCUGCGGGGCCCAUGACAUUGGCUACAUGUUCCUGGGUGAGGUGGCACUGGGCAGAGAGUACCACAUCACCGUCUAUGAGCCCAGCUUGAAGCAGCCAUCCCCUGGCUUCGACAGUGUCAUUGCCCAUGGCCACACAGAGCCUGUUCCAACCCAGGACACCAAGCUGGAGCUGGAUGGCCAACGAGUGGUGGUGCCCCAGGGCCAGCCCAUGCCCUGCCCAGAGUUCAGCAGCUCCAGCUUCUUCCAGAGCGAGUAUCUCAUCUAGCAGGAGAGUCAGUGCCGCCUACGCUACCUGCUGGAGGUUCGCCUCUGAGUUGUCUGCCCAACCCACCUCCCGUCCACCGCCAGGAGCUAGACCAUCAUCCUCAAUCUUCCUCCCAUCCCUGGUGCCCCCAUAUCACCCCUUCUUGUUCUCAAAUCUCCCUCCUGUGUCCAGACAGUGAUCCCCUCUCCCUCUAAUCCUUGGUGGUCCUGGCAUGGCUGUGGCCUCAGUCUCGCCUCCUAAGGUGAUGGAUGUGAUGGACUGGCGUUAUUACUGGGACACGGAUACAGCAGCCUAUUCAAGCCUGUGUAGUUAGAGAAGCACAGGCUGAGAGUGGGCGGGUUCCACAUCCACCCGGGCCGUCCACCCUGGCCCAGACUGUCCAUCCGAGAGAGGCGUGAUCACCGAGGUGGGCCGAACUUCAGACAUGCACAGGCAAGUGUAUUAAACGUUGUAUUGGCUCACCCCCUGA